UCCCGCGCGCCGGCACCUGUACGGGCGGCCUAGGGCCACCGCUACCGCUGCCGGGGAACUGACCCGAACUGAACGAUAAGCCGCCUGACCCAGCCAACAAGCUUUUUUAUGGCUGACGACGGGUCUGUUUUUUGGUGGCAUGCCUCACGCCCGGGAGUGUCUUUUUUUCCCCUCCAGCUUCUUUUUUUCUCUCUCUCCCCCUUCACUCUUUCGUUGCCCGUUGCCGUUUCUCCUUUUGUUGGCAUUGCCCGGUCCCGUUGUCCCCUAGGUUGUUUCAAUCCCUUGGCCUGGACCUGCUCGUCGCCCGCACGUUGCCUGUCCCUGACUGGCUGUUCCUUGUCCUGCGAGCUGCUGAUUGUGCCGGUGGCUGCUUUUUGUUGUACCAAGUACUGCAUCAUCUGUCCGUCUGUCCUGUGUCUCGUCCUAGGGAGGGUAUUGUGCAUCAAGAUAUGCGUGCGUGGGCUUGAACCUGGUCAUUGCUUGGUGGCUUUGGUUGCUUGGCUCUGCCCUUGCAGAGCGAGAGAACUGCCCUCGUGGCUCCAUCGCGUAUCCCGAGUCGCUGUAUCGAUCUUUGUUCUGCCGCUUCUGUGUGAUUGCGACUGGUUACCUCUCUGGACCCAACGCUGCGUCUUCGCAAGUACCCUGCUGUAUCCUGUUGUAUCCCGCUCCUUAUCACUAUACCAUUCAUCACCGCGUUGCUAUUGUUGCCCCCUUUCCACGUUUAUUGUGUUUGUUUGCUUUGCGCACCCGUUUGCAUUGCUGUUAUUGUUGCCUCCUUCCGCCCGGGGCCUGGGACCUGGGACCUACUUCAACCGCUCUCGGCAGCUUUUCGCUGCUGCUCCUCUCACAUCAUCACUUCACCUCAACUCACCUCACAUCGCAUCACAUCACAUCACCUCACCUGCCCUAUUCGCCUCGGUUCAAUCCUAUUGUUCCGCUUUAGUACAUCAUCAUCUCUUUGGGGUUGUGACCUUGCCCUACCUCAACCGUUCAUCAACCUACCUACUACCUACAUAAAGAACCCGCCCUACCUGCAUCUCUACUGUCAACCCACUCAACCGACUCUACCCUCUUCGCCUCAAUUUGUCCGAAGUUGCAGUACGCAUUCGCCAAUCAUCGUGGCUCCCUUGUUCUUGGUCUGGGCUCUCCGUCAGCUAGUCGAGUCGAGCCUAGAUCCAGUUCCUCACAGC